UAUGUUGCCACCGUUGCUAGGGUAUGAAGUUUCAUGUGCGCUUUCACACGAACGACCUUGAAACGUCCCGAGCCUCAGCCGCGCUAGGUUGUGCGCUGCGCUCGAAAGCAUGAAUCUUAGGAGCUAGUGGUGGCAAAUGGAUUGGGAAGCAGACGACGCGGCGUCUGGCGCGACGCCUCGGUCGCUCGAGUUGCUGCCGGGAAAGGGCUUGCCACUGCCAUCGCUGGAUUUUGAGCGCUUAAGGGAGUACAACCAGCGACAGGAGCUGCGGGCUCAAAAUGCUCUACGGAGCGCAAGCCCUGCACCGGACUACCAGCGCCCAGUGCACAAAAAGCCUGUCCUUCGACUGGCGCGACUUUCCAGGCUGGAUGGUAACACCAAGGCCAAGGUGGGCCGCAGCGUGCAGACCUCCCACGUCAAGUCGUGGCUGCACUCACAUGGAUAUGUCGUGAAAGCGGACAAGCUCCAUCCGGCAGUGACACGCGUCAUUGCGGAGUGGUUUGACCUUGUGGAUGACGACGGCAGCCGCACACUGGAGCACCACGAGCUGCUGGCAGCACUCAAGGCCGCCCAGAUCCCCUGCAACGACGACACCAUCACGGAGAUGAUCAAUCUCAUGGACAUGAACCAGGACGGAGUCAUCGGCUGGGAUGAGUUCGAGGUGUUCAUGACGGAGGAGUUCGCUGCAGGCAAGAGCCUGCUGUCCGGCGAGUACCUGCUGCCCAGCGGCCUGGCCAUAAAUUUCGGAGUCAUGAUCGGCAAGCUGAAGCGAGACAAGCUGUUGGGGGACGUCAUGCAGGAGGGCGCUGGCCGCAACCAGUGGGCGGACAUCGCCACCGACCCCCAGCUGCUGGGCCGCGAGCUGGCCACCAUGCAGCAGGCGGCGGAGGCAACCAGCCUGACGCUGGAGCACCUCAUGCGCACAGAGGUGGGCGACGCGUCCAGCGCCACGCCGCGCACGCAGCUGACCCACGCGCUACUGCAAGAGAUGGAGGCCAACCGGCGGCGGCGCGAUAAGGCGGACGAGCGCUGGACGGGAGUGAAGGACAAGCUGCGCACCGGAUCGCUAGGCCCUGAGCUGGCGCGGCGCGGACUACACCCGGUGCCCCCACCCACCACCGCCCCCACCGGUCGCGGCAGUAGCCUGGACUUCCACCCGGGGUUGCAGCACCUGCAUCAGCACCAGCACCAGCGCCAGCAGUUGCACGGGUCGUGGGGAGGCCCCGCAGGCUUGUCCGGCGGCGUUUGCCCGGACCCCACGGCUCCACCGCUGCCGCCGCCUGGUGGGCUGGCACAGCCGCUGCUGUCGCUGGGUGCCUAUGCAGGCGCCUCCGGCAGUGCCGUGCCUGGGGCGGGCGCGUGGGCGGCAUACCCAGCGGGCAGCGCCCCCGGUUCCGGCGGCAUGGCGGCGGCGGCGCUGGCAGGGAGCCGGUCGGUGACGCCUGUUGACGGCGGCUCGGGCUGGGGUUGGGCGGCGGCGGCGGGGCCGCAGGCCCUCGCGUCGCGGUCUGCAACGUCGAGCGGCACCGCGGCUAGCGGCGGCGGCGUGCCGGGCCUGCCUCUGGGCAUGAUGGCGGCGCUGGGGCCGACACCGUCGCAGCGGUCUGCCUCGCCGCAGUUGACCGAGCCGCGCCGCGGCGCCGGCACCGGCCAGGGCUACGGCCUCGACGGCCUCAACAGCGAGGGUGGCAGUGAGCACGGCACGCUGCUGCCCGCCGACGCCUCCGGCGCUUGGGGCGGUGCGACAGCCGGCGCCGCCGCCUUUGCCACCGGGCGCGGCGGCCUGGGUGCAGCCUCGUCCUCGAUGGAGACACUGCCCUCAACUGGGUCGGGGGCGGUGCUGCCGCCGCGGCCGCGUGUCGCGGCGGCGCACACGGCGGCGUCGCGCAACCACCAGCGCGCGCCGCGGCGGGCCAUCAGCACUGUGGGCCUCAUGGCGGAGGAGCUGCGGGCAUCUGGCGCCACACCGCUGGAGCGCGCAGCCAACGCUGCCGCCGCCUCCGCCACUGCGGUGGGCCUAGGGCUGGGGCUGUCGCAGGGGCCGUCACACGCAGCGGCAGGAAGCCGGGUGGGCUCGCCCGGCCCUGGCCAGCAGCACCCACACCCACACCCAUCCGGCAACGCCCAUGCACUUGCGCCGAGCCCGCACGGCGUUAGCAACCCGCACCCGCACCACCGCCAACCGGCAGCGCAGGGCCACGGCCACGGUGACCAUCAGAACCACAGUCAGGCGCCACACACGGCCCAGCCGGGCGCAAGCCACAGCCGCUUUGCGAACCUGUCCCGCCCCGCCAGCCGCACUGCCGCCGCCGCCACAGCCACCACUGUUCUCGGCAGCAACUCCAGCCUCUCGCCGCCUGACUCCCCGCGCGGCCAGUUUGCGCCCCUUACCCAGGGCUCUUUUGGUGCCGGCGAUGGCGCGUACGGCACCGUACCCACCAGCUCGCCCAUUCCGUCCGUGCCGUACUACACUGCGGCUGCGCCACCGCCGCCGUCGUACAACGCUGUACUCCUUCCCAUCUUGGCAACGCCCAGCGAGCUGAACGCAUUUGUGGAGACUGCGGUGGGCUCCGGCCGCGCGGAUGGCGCCUUGGGCAUCAGCAUGAGCCUGGGCGGCGGCAGCAGCAGCCGCAGCGGCAGCCCCGCACCCGGACGGCACGCUGCUUACGUGCACCCGCACACGCAUGGGCAGGGUCAGGGUCAGGGUCAGAUGGGGCGCCUGAGCUUCGGGGACGGGUACAGUCACGACGGUGCCGGUGCUGGUGGCGGCGCCGGCGCGCACAUGGGCCACAUGUCUGAAGUAUUAGAGGCGGUGCUCCAGCAGCGGCGGCCACCCAGCUCCCUUGACCGGGCGGCAGGAGCCGCCGCCGCCGCGGCCGAGGGCUCGGAUCUGUCGUCCCCGGCGGCGCACAUGCCGCUGAGCCUGCGCCGUGAUCUGUCGGGCGAGGACGACCCCGGCCUCGUGCUGCCGUACGACGACAGCGGCACCAGCAACGUUUACGGCUCGCUCGGCCGCGGCCGCGCGCCGUACACUGACUGUAGCGCCUCGCCGUCGCCCGCCGGCACGGCGCGAAGCGACGGCGCUGGCGCUGGCGGCGCCGUCGCCGGCAUUUGGCCGUUGGCAUCCGGCAGCAUGGUUGUCAGCAGCGGCACCGCUGCCGUCAAUAGCAGCUUUGGCGGCGCCGCGGCGGUGGCGCGCGACGCUGCGACGCUGCUGUCCGAGCGCAAGGCGGCGGUGCGGGCGGCCUGCAGCAGCAGCCUCAGCGGCAUGAGCACACUGCCGGGAGGGAUACCGGGCGCCCGCAGCUCCGCCUCCGCCACCGCCACUGGGAGCGGCAUGGGCGCGGGCAUGGGCGCGGGUGGCGAGCCGACAGCGGGAUGGCCGGGCGGGCGCUGGUCACGUGCCGGCACACCCGCUGGGGAUGAUGGCGCCGGCGCCGGGAAUACAAGAGCCCUCUCCAGUGCGCCGCACGAUUCGCUCUCGAUUGCGGCUGAGACAGCAGCCGCAGCCGCUGUCGCCGCUCUUUCUGGCGUGUCGACCAAUGGCAGCUUAGGAGGCGGAGGUGGGCCUAACGAUGCAGCCUCCGCAGAGUGGAUUUCUUACACACGCACCCGCGCGAGUGCUGUCGGCCCCACGCCUCUAGCGGCGCCGGCCGUGCAUCCGCACCACUGUGGCUCGCGCGUCUCUUCGCCGGGCCCUCAGGCGAUGGCGGGCGGACGCGGCAGCAGCGGCACUGGCAGCAGCCUCAGUGGCGGUGCUGGGGCUGGUGCCGCGUCAGUGGCGCGACUGGCGGCGGUGGCGGAGGGUCUCGGAGCCACUGCUGCGGUGAUUUCCUCAGCGCAGCAGGAGGCAGCGGCGUCAGGCGUGCUGCCGCCGUCCAUUCUUGGCUUGCCGCCAGCACCCGCGCCGCCACGCAGUGCUGCAUGCUUCAGCAGCGACUGCGGCAGUGCCGCCGCAGGCGGCGGCGCCACGGCCUACGGCAGCAGCAAUAAAGCGCUGCGGCCGACCAGCACCAUGCUACGAACCAGCUCGUGCGCGGUGGCGUCGUGCGCAGCAGCCUGUGGGCUUACAAGGGACCCGGCGCCAGCUGGGGGCGUGCCGCUCGGCGCCGCCCGCAGCAACACGCAUAUUGGCUUCGUCACGUCCGCCCCUCUUUCGACGGUGCAGGCGCAGGCACUGCCGGCGCGCGCCAGCGGCACCGCGUCUUUGUCUUCAUCCUGGAGCCGCAGCUCAUGUGAGCGGGCCAGUCCGGUCCAGGCAGCCCAACUGCAGCAACAGCAGCUGGUGUCUGAUGGCGGCUUCGGCGGUGCAGGAAGCGCGUCAGCCGUAGAGCUGCUGCCUAGCCAAGGCGUUGCGGAUGAGGAGGAGGCGGACGCGGAAGUGGCACGACUGAUGAUGGGGGCAAGUGGUGUAGCAGCCGCUACCGCUACCAUUACCGCUACGGCAACUUCGCCGAGCACAGGCGGCGCCGCUGCCCCUACUGCUCUCGCGCCGGCUCCUGCCGAGCCGCUGGAAGGACCCUGGCCGGCAGAGGUGACCAGCGCGUGGCGUGAUCGCAGUCCCAUGCCCGACUCGCUAGCGACGGCAGCUGCAGCCACGGCAGGAGCCGCUGCGCGGACCGCCACCGCCACCGCCACCGGGCGGCGCAGUGACACGCCGCUGUUGUCCCUGUCGAGAGCGCAGUGGCGGCCCAGCGGCACAGCCAGUGGCGACAGCAGGCCGGCGACGGGGACUGGCCUGGUGCCGACGCUUGGCGGCUGCGCUGCGCCCUCGCCGGACCCGGUGGCAGUCAGCAGCCGCGCCUCUGUGCCGCUGCCGCUGCCAAGCCGGGCUGUGUCGAGCCCACACAUGAUGGUCAUUGCCUCAUCCACGUCAGCCGUAAGCAGUGCCCAAACCGCUACCGCUACCGCAACCGCCGCCACAGCCGCGGCAGCAGGAGGGACAGCCGCAACGGCAGGCGCACCGACUGCCGGGCCGGCAGCAACUGCUGCCCGCGCCACCAGUAGCACCACAUCCGCCAGCUCGGCCGCGGCAACCGCCAUGCCGGUGUCAGCCGCCACGGCUGCCCCGGCCGCGCCCUCUGCGACAGCUUCCGCGCCUGCGUCUGUCGCUGCCGGCACAUCGUCCACGCCCAUGGGGCAGCGUGGCGCUGGCGGCGUGGUCAUUAAUUUCACCCACGCCACCGCAGCCACCAUCACCACCAGCCCUAGCACCAACGGCAUCAGCGCUAGCGCUGGCAGUAGCAUUCGGCCCACGAGCACCACCGGCCUAAGCGUGUACGGCGCACAUGCCGCUGCAGCCGGCGGCGCCGGCGCCACCCCUGCUACUACCAGCGUGACCAGCAGCCGGCCUGCGAGCGUUACAGGCUUCAGCACCGUCGGCUGUAGCAGCUUCAGCGGCACGGGCUCGUUGCCCAGCCGCCCGACAAGCGUUCUGGGAAUGAGCUACAGCGGGGCUGCUGGCAGUCGGCCUGUAAGCCGGCUGGGGGCGCACACGGGCGUCACGGCAUCUGGGGCGGAGGCUCGUGCGGCGCCGCCGAGGAGCCGGACGUCGCUGGCGAUGCGGCCACACGACAAGGAGGACCUUGCCCAGUCCAGCUGGCGCGCUGCCACCGCCAGCCAGAUGCAGCUGCGGCUGUCCAAGCAGCUGACCUCCACAGGAGCAGCCUUGGGUGCAGGCGCCGGUCUUAGCCGGGGCGGCGAUGUUGGCAGCACGGCGGAUGCGCGCGCCCGGGCAUGGGGUUGACAGCAUGUUGUCUUGUUAGCGCACUUGCUGAGAGCACAUGGUCUGAGAUGCGAUGAUCGCUGCAGAAGCGGAGCGUAGACGGCGUCCAGCCCAGCCGCUAUCAGAGUAUCAGGCAGGGCGCAGACAUGUUGAUUCUUGGAGCGGAAGCCGACGAGUUGUGAGGGUCCGUGGCCUGUAAUCAAACUCACACGGGUGCUGGAGAGCUGAGCGUGCAAGCUGAAAGAGUAAUUUCGUCAGGCUUGUAUUGACGAAGAUGAACUGAAAUUGCGUAAUGGAGCAACAGCAUGCAGGCAUGGUUGCAUGUCUAUCGCGAUAUGCACGGGUUCAGGUUGGGUGUUGACGGGUGUUGUGGGACUGCCAGCGGUUGGUGCGUGACAGAGACGUGGGCUAUGAGAGCCGGCAAAUUUCAUCUAUUGUGAAUCCUCUCGAUAUGUACAUUAGCUAGUCGCGUGCAGAGUGGGCAGAUGACAGCUAGCUUUAAAGCUUGACUUUUAUCCAAUCCGACCCACGCACUUGACGGCCCACCGCAGGGACCGCUGGUGCGACGCUCGAUAUCGAUGGCUCGGUUGCACUGACGGUUGCAAUGAAUCGUUGCGCGGACUUUAGGGAGCUGUUCUGUUCGUCCAUGCAAGGUGCUGUAGGCGGGUGCCGUGGCCCGCUCAUGUGGCUCGGUUCCUCUGGUUGCGACUGUGGUUGCGGUGUAGGCGCUGCACGGGGAUUCGAACAUACACGGCGUCCGGCCUAGGUCCGUGAUGUGAGGAGCUGUCAGACAGUUUGUCCAGCGCUAGCCCGUUCCGGGUGUCGCCUGUCCUAGGCGGCGUAGACCGAACACCGUUGUUGCUUCGUGUGGGAACGUGGCAAGUGCGCGAGAGCCCCGGAUGCCCUCGCCUCGGAUGCCCUCGCCCGGUCGGCUGGGCAGUGACAGUCUGCUGGCGCGGGCGGGCUAUACAGUGUCGCAGACACGCUUACGGGUAACGGCUCCACUCCGUUCACUGGUUCGGUAAUGCCAAUCGCGCA